AUGUUCCUUCGUUCCGUUACUCGCGCUGCUGCUCGCAGCUCGGCUGUGCCCACCACGGGCCUGCGCUCCUACCGCACCGUUUCGGGCCCAAUGGCUUGCCUGAACGCUCGUCCUCAGACUGAGAAGAAGUCUAUCGCUCCCCAGCAGACCCGCGCCGCCUCCGAGCAUGCCAUCUCGAAUCCCACACUCGCCGGUAUUGAGAAGCGCUGGGAGGCCAUGCCCCCUCAGGAGCAGGCCGAGCUGUGGAUGCAGCUGAGGGACCGCAUGAAGGUCGACUGGCACCAGAUGACCCUCCAGGAGAAGAAGGCCGCCUACUGGAUCUCCUUCGGACCCCACGGCCCUCGCUCUGUGCCCCCCAAGGGCGAGAACCUCAAGAUCUUCUUCAAGGUCGCCCAGCUCACCCUUGUCAGCUUUGGUAUCUUCUACAUCAUCCACAUGUUCGCCAAGCCCCAGCCCAAGACCAUGACCAAGGAGUGGCAGGAGGCCUCCAACGAGUAUGCUAAGCAAGAGAACAUCAACCCUAUCUACGGUAUCAGCUCCGUGGGUUACGAGGGCAAGGGCUUCGUCCAGAGCCCCCCUGCUGAGAAGCAAUAG